UCUACAUUCUCCAAAACAAAUUCACACACACACAAGACUGAUGUUUAUUUGCAAGUUUUCUUUCGCUCGCGUUCUGCGUUCUCCACUCAUUCCUACUUUAGAAGCCGAAACGGGAAGACGUUUGAAAUUCCGGUGCUUUUCAGUUAAGUCUGCAAGAAUCGUACAUAAAAAAUUUAAUAAGAUGGCCGAGCUUCCCAGUGAAAUGCAACAGCUAUUCGAGUUUGUGAAUGGCAAGAAAGCCGAUUACAUUGAGACCCUAAGAACCGCAGUCGCCAUACAAUCUGUCUCUGCCUGGCCGGACAAGCGGGGAGAGAUUGACCGCAUGGUCAACUGGACGGCGGACAAGCUGAGGGCACUCGGCACCAAGAUCGAGCUGGUUGAUUUGGGCAAACAGACGCUGCCCACGGGCGAUGAGUUGGCAUUGCCGAAGGCGCUGCUGGGCACACUUGGCACCGAUAAGUCCAAGAAGACGGUGCUGGUCUACGGUCACUUGGAUGUGCAGCCUGCCCUCAAGGAGGAUGGCUGGGACACCAAUCCCUUUGAGCUCACCGAAAUCGAUGGCAAACUGUUUGGACGUGGUGCCAGCGAUGACAAAGGACCCGUUCUGUGCUGGAUCCAUGCCAUCGAAGCAUACCAAAAGCUGAACAUUCCGCUGCCCCUGAAUGUGAAGUUCGUCUUUGAGGGAAUGGAGGAGAGCGGCAGCGAAGGCCUCGACGAGAUGUUGAUGGCUCGUAAAGACGAUUUCCUCGCCGAUGUUGAUUACGUGUGCAUCUCGGACAACUACUGGUUGGGCAAGAAGCGACCCUGCCUCACGUACGGCCUGCGCGGCUUGGCCUACUUCCAGGUGGAGGUCGAGUGCGCCUCCAAGGAUCUGCACAGUGGCGUCUUCGGCGGCACCGUGCACGAAGCGAUGCCGGAUCUGUGCUAUCUGCUCGGCAACCUGGUCGACAAGGAUACCAAUAUUCUCAUACCAGGCGUGAAUCGCGAUGUUGCGCCCCAAUUGCCAAACGAGGAGGAAAUCUACAAGAAUAUCGACUUUGAAGUGGCUGAGUACAAGAAAGAUGUUGGCGUCCAACACCUGCCGCACAAUAGCAACAAGACUCGCUUGCUGCAGGCCAGAUGGCGUUAUCCCAGUCUCUCCGUACAUGGCAUUGAGGGUGCCUUCUAUGAGCCCGGCGCCAAGACUGUCAUACCAAAGAAGGUUACUGGCAAGUUCUCCAUUCGGCUGGUGCCCAACCAGGAUCCCAAACACAUUGAGGAAUGCGUUGUCAAGUACAUCAAUGACAAGUGGGCAGAGCGCGGCUCGCCCAACAAGUUAAAGGUGGUCAUGUUGUCCGCUGGCAAGCCCUGGACUGAGGAUCCCAAUCAUCCGCACUAUGAGGCCGCGAAGCGUGCAAUCAGACAUGUUUUCAAUGUGGAUCCUGAUAUGACACGCGAAGGCGGCUCCAUUCCAGUGACACUCACGCUGCAGGAGGCAACCGGCAAGAAUGUGAUUCUGGUUCCGGUGGGCGCCUGCGAUGAUGGCGCACACUCGCAGAACGAGAAGAUCGACAUCUACAACUAUAUUGAAGGCACCAAAUUGUUGGGCGCCUAUUUGCACGAGGUGGGCAAGUUGUAAACCGAUUUCACAGGGAUUCAAUCCUAAUUCUUACAUCACGAUGCAACAUCACAACGAAAUUGUGCGCUUAUACGAAUAUACAAAAUUCUAAAUAAUCAUAUUAUAUAUUUUAACACCUUUUUAUGUAUGCUUUAUGUCAAACAAAGCAAAUAAACAUUUUAUAUUGCAUUCACAAGAA